GAAGGGGUCAUGGGGAGUAUAUAGGACGGGAGCGAGGAGAUGAGAGCACCUUAAUUUUGGAUAGAUUUUGUCAUGAUAUUCAGAAAAUGAUGUAAUAUUUUAUUUCUUCCCUUUUCGCUUUCCUUUUAAUAUUUUGCUCCCACUCUUUUUUCUUGUGGCGCCCCCCCCCCCCCCAUCUGUAGUAUAAGCCUGGCCCAGUGCAAAGACAAAAGAAGAGAUUGAGUGUCAAUAAUGUAGCAAACAGCUGAUCACUGCUCGGUUUUGCAUGCGUCACAGUGCAUUUGUGUGCAAUGCACCCAUUGUACUUCCGGGUUUGGCAGAAUUGAAGUAGAAGAAGAUUUUGACAGUGAUCAUUUUUUUCGUAGUCAUAGGAGAUUUUAUAUCGGAUUUAUGCCCGGGAAUUCAAAAUGACAUCACAAGGAUCUCAUAAUGGACCUAUGCAUAAAAUUGUCGUUGUAGGAGGCGGAGGUGUUGGUAAAAGUGCCAUUACGAUACAGUUUAUACAGUCUUACUUUGUAACGGAUUAUGACCCAACGAUAGAAGACUCGUACACCAAACAAUGCGUCAUAGAUAACGUCGUCUGUAAAUUGGACAUUCUUGACACAGCAGGCCAGGAUGAAUUCAGUGCAAUGAGAGAGCAAUACAUGAGGACGGGUGAUGGAUUCUUACUAGUAUUCGCCCUUUCAAACAGAACAAGUUUUGAUGAAAUUUACAAGUACCAUCGGCAGAUCCUCCGCGUCAAGGAUAGGGACGAAUUCCCCAUGAUCCUCAUCGGAAACAAAGCAGAUUUGGAGGAUAGCAGAGUAGUUUCAGCACAAGAAGCCAAGGAGCUCGGAAAUGAACUCAAGCUCAAAUACCUUGAGGCCAGUGCCAAGACACGGAUGAAUGUUGAUGAUUCUUUCUUUGAACUCGUCAGGAGAAUAAGGAAAUUUCAAGCAGAUGAGAACCCGCCGAUCACAGCCCACCAACGGAAACCAAAUGGAAAGCGGCCAUGUACGAUUCUCUAAAAGUAAAUGUGUGCCGAUGUCUUUAUGUUUCUAUUUUUAUAUAAUAUGCUUCGAAGAUCCCAAGCUCGCCAGAAAAAGUGAAAAGUGCCAUGAUAUUUUAAGUGCAUUGUACUUGUAUAAAGAUGUGAACAUGGUUUGAUGUUUUCGUGUUUGUGAGAGAAUGAGAGUCACCUCCAGUGUGAGGUGAAAGUCGCCUACAGUGCGAGGUGAAAGUCACUUUCAUGCUGAGAUGAAAGUCACUUUCACAUUGAGAUUAAAUGCUCUGGAUCCAAAUCCAAAUUUCUGGGGCCGGUUGCACAACACUUGGUAUUAUUACAUGUAUAACAAAUUUGCAAUAACAGUAUAUAUGCUACUAAAAUCAGUUGAUUUGAUUGGCUAAUGUAGUAAACUAGAAAUAGCAAUUGUGCAUUUGUUAUCAUAACAACUCUCCAUGAAAUGGGCCCCUCAUGAAGAGUUACAACUAUAUUUGUAAUUUGCUAUUUAUGGCAAAGUUACCAUGGUAACAGGGCUCAGCAGCCAAUCACAAUCAAGGUUUCCAUGGGAGCUGAAAUAAUGGCAAAGUUACAAUAUUGGCAAGUCUUUAUGAAAACAGCUCCCAGACCUGAGGGUGUUUCAUGAAAGUUGUCAACACUGACUAAAUUGUCAACGCUGACAGUUUAGUCAGUGAAAUCCUUGGUUUUGAUAAGCUCAGAAGCUCUGUCCUCUGACUGUUACUAUGGUAACUGUCAGAGAAAGACAACUUGUCAGUGCAGACAACUUUCAUGAAACGGUCCCCCUGUAUGUAUAAGGGCUAUUUGCAACUUGACCCAAGGUCCGAAAGAUUGUAGUCCUGGGAGAUGGUUUUUUCCAGGGCUGAUUUCUUUGCAGCCCUUUUUUUUCAGAGAAUUGUCAGGAUAUACAUGUAUGUACAUGUACUGUUGAUUUAUUUAAAUACAGUAUACCCUUUCAUGUAGUCUAGACCAAAGCAUGACAGAGCAUGGAAUAUGUGAUGCCAGGUCUUCAAGUUCAAAAGAGGGGGGCACACCUCUGUUUUCAUGGCAUUUUUACAUUACAAAAUUUUAAUUUUGCUUCUCAAAAGGGGGGGGGGGCACGUGCCCCCUGUGCCCCCCUGGAUCCGCGCCUGUGUGAUGCUAUGAUGGGCCAGGCAUAUAAAGAUAAAUUGGUCUCAAAGACCUUUGAAGUAAAUAAGCCUGUGGUGAUAUCGCAGGGAUUUAUUGAAUCACUUACGCAAAUCAAAAUGUUGACCACUUUUUGGUUUGAUGCAAAUCCUGGUUCUCUAUUGGUUUAAUAUUCUAUAUUGCACACGGUUCCCACCAUUUUUACUUAAAACUAUAAAAAUCACUACCCCCAGAUAUUAUUCCCACUCACUUUCAUUUAUUUCUUAAAGUUUUGUAGCGUGUUUUACUGAAAAUUUUCACAAACUUCACAUUAUUUAUGUACUCUAAAAACUGAGCAUCCCCACGACAAGCUCAGUCGGUUCGCUCCUUUGCUUUUGAGUUUAUUAAAAAAAAAUUAACGCAUCUCGACCCCCCCCCCCCCCUCCUCUCAGGAAAAAAAUUAUGUGUACGGCCAAUGUCCCAUGCCAUUCUACCAUUGCAAUACCUUCAAUUAAAAAAUACACUUUAUUAAGCCAAGAAACUCAUAUUGAUAAUUUAUAAGAAGAAGCGUGACAUUUUAAUACUGUUAAUAAACUAUGCAGUGUGCAGAUAGUUUGACAAGUGUCCUAUAUAGUAUUCUAGAUAUUUUAACAUUUAAUAACAGAAUUGAGUCUGUGAGUAUUAGACUAGCCUGUGAAGUAUGGCAAGCCAAUCAUUCCUAACUUCAUUAUUUUAACAAAUGUCAGCGUGCCAUGUGUAAUCUGUAUGACGGGGGUCGGCUCUCUCUUUAUCAGUCCUAUCUCAUUUAGUAGCCAGCUGUGAUAAGAAUCUAACCGUCUUUAAAGACAUGAUGGUCCCCUAAUGACUCAUUAGACUACUAUCACACAUGCCUUGGUAUAAAAUUGAUUAUUUCAACCCCACCCCCUCCCCUGCUCCCUCUCUCCACUCCCCCCCAUUGGCGGCGGAAGCCAAACAAUUUAGGGGGGACCACCAAAAAUUUUUGACAAGCAAAAAAAAAAAAAAAAAAAAAAAGGUCAUCAACAAAAAAUUUAGGGAGGGACACGUCCCCCCGCUUCCGCCGCCUAUGCUCCCCCC